UUAUCUUGAGCCGAGAUAUGGAUGGAUAUAGUGGCCGGGAUCACUAUGGUGGGAGAGGCAGCAGAGACUAUGAUAGAGGCUAUGGUUCCAGGAUAGGCAGUGGCAGAAGAGCAUUUGGUAGUGGCUACCGAAUGGAUGAUGGCUACAGAGAAGGUGGGGGCCGCUAUGAGGACAGAUAUGAGAGUCUUGAUGAUCAAUCAUGGAGCUCCAGAGGUGAUUACCCUCCGGAUGAUUAUAGGUGUGAUGACAAAGGUCCCCCCCAAAGGCCCAAACUGAAUCUAAAGCCUUUGAGCACUCCUAAGGAAGAUGAUUCCUCUGCUGGCACCUCCCAGUCCAGUCGAGCAGGCUCCAACUUUGGAGGGGCAAAACCUGUUGACACAGCUGUUGGACAAGGAGAAGUAGAGGAGUGGCUACAGAAGGAACAGGAGAAACUGCAGCAUCAGCUGGAUGAGCCACAACUAGAAUGGCGGCCUCAAGAGAGACACCCAAGCUGGCGAAGUGAAGAAACUCAGGAACAGAACGGUCCAGGACAGGGAGUUAUCACAGACCGGGACCUCAGCCACAUCUGGCAGAAAUGCACGAAGGAAAGAGAGAAGUCUCUAGAAAAUAUAACACUCAAUAAGAAGGAAGACUGUCAUUCUCCAACUUCUAAGCCUCCCAAGCUUGAACAGCCUCUAAAGGUAAUGCCAGCCCCUCCACCAAAGGAGAAUGCUUGGGUGAAGCCACGUUCUAACCCUCCUGCUCGAUCUCAGAGCGCAGACACAGAGCAGGAAUCCCCUACAAGUGGUGGGGGAAAGUGGUUCCAGCUCAGCCAUCUGAGGAAGGACCAGCAAGAAAAGGAUAAAAUAAAGUGAUGGAGUGAGUGUCCCUAAAGGCCAAAGAGGAAGCUCCAACCGUGGUCCAGGAGAUGGAGGGAACAAAGAUCUCUGGAAGGAGUCAGAGAGGAAAGAUGGCAAAAAGGAUCAAGACUCCCUAUCUUCACCUGAGCCAAAGAAACUUGAAGAAAGUCCAGCCUCCUUCACUUCUGCAAGCAAGUAUGCUGCUCUGUCUGUGGAUGGUGAAGAUGAAAACGAGGGAGAUUACACCGACUAGACCUCCACAUCCUGUUUCCUCCGAGUCUCUCUCUACCCUGGAACGUUCAAGAGCAAACCAAACCUCCAGGCAGACAAGACCAAAUAAAACUCACAUAUCCAGG